AUGACUCCGGGGGUUUUCCCGAGUAAUGGGAUUUUUACAAACCUGGACUUUCUCUUAUGGCGUGUAAAGGAGAAUCAGGUGCCGGACAAAACCAUUGACCAGUUCCCAUGGAUAGUAUGGCAACUAUGGAAGGCCAGAAAUGCUAAGGUUUUUGAGAAUGCAGACAUUACACCUGAACAUACUUUCCAACUCGCACAUGCAGAAACGGAGGCUUGGUUUGCCGCACAAAUCCUGGAAGAAGUUAUAGAUGAAGACACGAUCACACUCUCCACGGUGGUACAAGAGGAACCCCCGAUAAAUUUCCCGGGAUGUCAAGUUGAUGCCUCUUGGGGCAUUUAUAGUUACUUCAUAGGGAUGGGUCUCGUACUGGACCAUGAAAGCGGAGAUAACGUGUAUGGAGCCUCAGCAAGAUCACAAGUACUAUCCCCUCUGCAUGCUGAAUUUGCAGCGCUUAUAUGGGCCAUGAAGGUAGCCUUACAGUUAGGCUAUACCUCUCUUAGCUUCGAGACGGAUUGCCUCCAGCUGGUGACGAUCAUAGAGGAAGAAGAUUGGCCGUCAUUGGCCUCGGAAUUAGAUGAGUUUCAACUUAUUCAUGCUUCGUUUAUUUAUUUCUCACUAUCUUUCAUACCACGAUUGUGUAAUGUCUGUGCCGAUUGUCUCUCCAAAGGAGAAAGAGCAUGUGGUUUUAGUUUUACUCAUGUAAACCCUUCGAUUCCAAGCUGGGCAGCUCUUGAAGCUGUCUUGAUUGGUUAA